AUGAGGUUCUAUUCUUGUACCGUCCUGGCUGCCUUGACCAGCGUGGCUUCUGCCUAUCCUCGAUCUGCCGGUCUGUACAACUGCGUCUCUAAUGUCUUUGGAAGCUCUGCACCACAGCGAGUUGUUACACCAAGCAACGCUACCUAUCUGGAUUCCCGGCUAGGCGAGAAAAUACAAUUCGACGAGCUGCCGGUACUCAUCGCCUACGCGCAGGAAUCCAAGGAAAUCGCACCCUUGAUCAAAUGCGCCCAACAAGCGGAUAUCAAGGCCGUCCCACGAACCGGCGGCCAUAGUUUCGAGGCAUACUCCUCCUUGAACGGCACUCUUGUUAUCGACAUUGCCCACAUAAACGAGGUCAACGUCUCCGAGGACAAGAAAACAGCCGUCGUUGGCGCAGGGAUCCGGCUGGGUGCUCUCUACACAGCCCUCAACGAAUACGGAACAUCCUUCAUCGGCGGAAUCUGUCCCACAGUCGGCCUGGCUGGAUUCCUGGGUUCGGGCGGGUUCAACAUGCAGCAGAGAUCUCAAGGACUGGCCGUUGAGCAUGUCCUCGCAGCCAAGGUCGUGCUCGCAGACGGACGCACCGUUGUCGCCUCGCCAGAUACCAACCCCGACCUGUUCUGGGCGAUCAGGGGCGGCGGCGGAGGGACUUACGGCAUCGUCGUUGAAUUUACCCUGUCUCUCACGGAAAUCCCACGAUCUGCUAUGCUUAUGCUGCAGUGGAAUGAUACGGAAUCCCGAUUCCCCGCCGCGAAGCAGUACCUCGAGUGGGCGCCCAAGCAGAUUCCUGAGUUCAUGUCGCAGAUCAACGUCUACCGAGACACUGUGCAAGUACUAGGAUGGCAUUACGGAGGGGCAAAGGAGGAACUGGCCGCGCUUGUAAACUCCUCUGGCCUUCUUGAGAUUGGCAACCCCGACGUCGUCAUCGCGGGGGGUUGCAAUACGGACAAUGCACGCAUCUUCGGAUACACGACGAUGGAGUGUCUCCCUGAUGCAGAGGUCGACUCGUCCAUUCUCAAUGUUAUCCCCGACCCAUUCAGCCAGGUUGGGGAUAAUACCCAGUUCCAGUGGAACGAGGUGCCCAAGUCUCCGUCCAUCCCUGUGGCAUAUCCCUGGGAACGCUUCUACCGUCUAAGCAAGUCAUUCUUCGUUCUCAAGGACAAGCCAAUGACCGAUGAAACGCUGCAAAGCCUGCUCGACCGCAUCGCGUCCCUGGAUGAAGAGAGUCAAGUCUGGGGCGAGUGGCACGCGUGGAAUAUCACGACGCCUGCAAAGGGAACCGAGAACGCGUUCCCCUGGCGGGAAAAGGCAUAUGCUCACCUGGAGUUUCAGAUCCAUGGAACACCGGAUGACCAGGAGCGACAGGAGAAAUAUGAGGCGUGGUUUGAGGACUUGGAAUCGUAUCUGAGGCCUGCGGUUGGAGGCGCCAGUUACUCUGGCUAUGUGGAUGGGAAGAUUUCUACGGAUCCGUUGACAAGUUAUUAUGGCGAUAAUGUGUGCAAGCUCGCCGAGGUGAAGAAGGCAUACGAUCCAAAGGAGUUCUUCACGAACCCGGUUUCGAUUCCUGCGUCUGGGGAGGGAUGUUAG